AUGAAUGCCGUUGCAGUAAUCGGAGGCGCUUCCAUCCAAAAACUUCGUUUUUCUGACGUAAACGAAAUUCGCGAGUUUACGCAAGAGCAUCAGAUCGUCUCGGAUGAAAUCUGGUUCGCUAGUGAGGAAUAUGCGGAGAUAAAGGCAAGAUCGCGACUAGAGGUGAAAGAGUGGAGGCGACAAGGAUUUGGUGUCCUACUUAAGGAAUCGUUUGAGUUACCCCGAAAAGACACGCAGUCCUAUAUAAUUGCCUUCUGCCAACUAGAGGGGAGCCUUUCUCGACGGGGCUUGGAGCGACAGCUGUCACGACAGCACGGAGAGGAAAGGUCGGACCUGAAGGAUCGCUCGCGGCGGGCGGUGAUCACUCAUCAAAUGCGGUUACUCCGACAGGGGCUUCCGUUAGACGAAAUCGCUGAGCAACUAGGGCUUCUAUAUCGAGAAAUCACUCGUCCAGCCAAGAUUUUUGCCCGACGUAUGGCCAAAGGUGAUGAGAUCGUCGCGAAAGAGGGAGAGAGCAACGAGCCUGCCGAAAAGAUUCUGGAAGAGCGCGAACGGAGAAAUCGCCAUCAAAUGAUGGAACGCAGGUUAUCCAACUUUUCCAGCAUGUCUGGAAUGUCCGGGACCUCGCUCGAUUCUAUUGCAUCCAGAAGGCGGUGGAACAGCGUCCCAGGUAAGGCACGAAAACCGCCGUGUCCUGGAUCGCCAGCUUCACCAGUGGAGGAGUACUACGCCGGAAUUGCGUAA